AUGCCAACAGACGCUGAUAAUAAGCGCCAAGCUGCGCGCGAUGUGAUUGAUAUUUUAGAGGAUAUCUCCAAGAUCUUGAACACCAACUUAACUCGCACGGAACUAUCUCUAUGCGUCUCCCUGAUUGAGAAUGGCGUCAAUCCUGAUGCUCUUGCGGCUGUGGUGAAGGACCUGCGCAAGGAGUCGGCGACUGUCAAUCGCGGCCAGUAG